AAUAAAUGCAAAUGUUAUUAGUAUAAAACUUAAAUCUAUAAUCAUGCAACGUCCACCACCAAUUCCUAUAUUAAAUCGUCAUUCAAUGGAAUAUAAAUCAGGAGGAAAUUUAUUAAAUUCUAUUACACCAUGUAAAGAAUAUUAUACACAUGAUUCAUAUGGAAAAUCUAAAUAUUGUAUUGAAGUUGAUUUACAAGGUUAUCCAGCAGAAAGUAUACAAAUUACAAGACAAUUACAAGAUGUUACAAUAAGUUUAAAUCAUGAAGAGAUUAAACCAACUGGUGAAAAAUAUAAACAAGAAUUUAGACGUGAAAUUCAAUUACCACAAUCUGUUGAUUUAAAUACAUUAAAAAGUACUAUUUUAAAUAAAAAUACAUUAUUAUUAUAUGCUGAUGUAAAUAAACGUGAACAACCAAUUUUAAAAAGUUCACAAAUGAGUCCUAAUUUAAAACGUCAUAUUAAUUGGGGAUUAUCAUGUUCACCACCAUUACGUAAUUCAAUAUUAGAUUCACCUAGAUUACGUACAUCAUUUUCUAGUGAAACACGACAUCGUAAUUCAUCAUUUACAAAUUUACCAAAUGAUUUUAAUAAAUCAUUUCAUAUUAAAAAACAUAAUUUAUCAAAUUAUCAAAAUAUACAACGAAUACCAAAUCAAUAUCAUAGAAGUAAUUCUUUUAUAAAAUCAGAACCAAUUAAUAUACCUGUACGUGUUGAAAUGAAUCAAAAUCAUAAUCAAUUUACUCCUAUGAAUAAUGUACAAAAUAUUCAUGUAGAAAUAACAAAAAAUCAACCAAAUCAUUUGAAACAAUUUUCUAGACAAUCAAUUUUAAAUCAUAAUCAAUCUCAAUCACAAUUUCCACAGAUUAAUCAUACUACUACUACUAAUAGUAAUAAUAAUUAUUAUUAUCAAAAUGAACAUAAAUUACUGAAUAAUAAUAGUACAAUAAAAUCUCAACGUCCAUUACAUAUACUACCAGUUACAAAUAAUAUCGAUGAAAAUGAUUCUAUAAACAAUAUAUCAAUACAAAAUAAUUAUAAUAAUGUUAUAAAUCGUUUAAAUAAUCAUACUACAGCAACAACAACAACAAUGAAUACUACUAACAAUAAUAUAAAUAGUACUAAUCAUUUGACUAAACCUAUGAAAUUUUAUACACAAAGUAUGAAAGUUGGCUUAGAUGUAAAACCGGAAGAUUUAAAUAUUCAUUUAAAAAAUGGUUUAUUAACAAUUAUGAUUAAACAAAAAGGUAAUAAUAUUGAAAAUAAUCAACAAACUAAAAUUGCCCGUGAAUUUCUACAUGAAAAUACUAUACCAAUUAAUGUUGAUCAAAAUAAAUUAACAGCAAAAUUAGAUAGAGGUAUAUUAAUUUGGGAAGCACCAUAUAUGACAACAUCAUCAACUAUAACAACAUUAACAAAUGAUUUAAUUGAUAUUCCAGGAUAAAUGAUACUAACUAUACUACUAAUAAUACUACUAUCACUACUACUACUACUAAUAAUAAUAAUAAUCGUACUUAUACUAUGUAAAAAAUGAACAUAUUUAAUGAAAACAGAGAUUACUAGAAGAUAAUGAAUAGAUUUAUUUAAGUUUAUUCUUUCUUUUUUUUAAAAAAAUGUAUUUUACGCCUUUCUUUGUUUGUUCUGUUUUGUUUUCCUGAAAGAUUCAUUUAUUUUAUGUGAAAAAGAAUACACUAUUAAUAUUAAUCUGAACAUAAAAUCGAUUAUAUUGUAUAUUUAUUGAAGUGAAUUUUUCUAUUCAUUAAUGAACCAGCAACAAAAAAAGAAAGAAAAAAAAAGAGAUCAGAAUCAUUGUUUAUUCAUUUAUUUAUUUAUUUAUUUUAUUCUUGUCAAAUAUUUUAGUCUCAUUCAGAUAUGUUUAUAAUAUGUAUUAAUAAUAAUAAUAAUAAUCAUAAUAAUGGGCAUG